GUGUGUGUGUGUGUGUGUGUGUGUGUGUGUAACUUGCAGCACCUCUCUGACCUCUGACCUGCAGCUCUGGGAGCAGACCAGCUCCUCUCCUCCUCCUGCCUGACGGCCCUCCCUGCUGUGGGACAGGAUGUCUCCAUGGCCACGGAGUAAACAGACGAUAACAAGCCCGCAGAGCAGCGCUGAGGACCAGGAGACGAGAAGCCGAGACAAACGCAGGAGGACGCGGGCAGGACCCUGGAGGACACCAAACAUCUGGAGACAGAGCUCAGUGCUGUCUUUUAGCCACCGUCCCAUCAUGGCAGAGAGUUCAGACGUGGAGCAGCUCCUCGUGGCUUUCAAAAAGUUCGCUGUUCACGGAGACACGAAGGCAACCGGGAAGGAGCUGAACGGGAAGAACUGGGCCAAGCUGUGCAAAGACUGCAAGAUCAUCGACUGCAAGAAUGUCACCGCCACUGACGUGGACAUCGUCUUCUCCAAAGUGAAACAGAGAACUGCUCGAGUCAUCACAUACGAGGAGUUUGAGCGAGCGCUCGAGGAGUUGGCGCCCAAAAGGUUCAAAGGUCAAAGUAAAGAGGAAGCUCUGCAGUCCAUCUACAAGCUGGUGGAGGGCCGGGAGCCCACCAACGUCGGCGUGACGAAAGUGUCAAAGACAGCAGCAGUGGACCGUCUGACCGACACGGCCCGGUACACCGGCUCUCACAAAGAGCGCUUCGACGAGAGCGGCAGGGGCAAAGGUCGUGAGGGGCGGGAGGAACUUGUGGAGAACACGGGCUACGUGGGCGCGUACAAGAACGCCGGGACGUACGACGCCAAGGCAAAGACUGACAAGUGAUGAAGCAGCAGCUGCAGCUCCUCUACGGUGCAUCGUCUGGACCAAACCAUGAACUUUGACCCUCGUGUGUGUGUGUGUGUGUGUGUGUGUGUGUGUGUGUGUGUGUGUGUGUGUGUGUGUGUGUGUGU